UCAUCGAGAACAAUCUAUAUUAAUCCACAUUUCAAAAAACCAAUAACUUAUCCUCAACAAGUAAUAUCAGCUCGUGCUCAUAUUAAUCCUUUAUUCCUGGGAGCCCAUCGACCACCAGCUAUACAUAUGAACCCCAACUUUGUGAAUAACACGCUAUUGAAUCGACAAAGCUUACCGCAAAAUAACGUAGUCCGAAACUUGACUUCAGAAAGUGUAAUUAGAUCUAGUGUAGUUCCACCACAACAUAUGCGGAUAGAGACAAUAGACCUAUGUCGAACCUCAGAUCAUUUGCUGAAGGAAUCAAAUAUAAACAAGAAUCUAAAAGAAUAUCCAGAUAACAAAAUUACAUCCCAAAAAAUUAUAAGUAAAUCCCGUACAAAAAUUGUACGCGAGCCAGCUUUAGUUAAUGACGCCCCCACACCUACCUCAGAUCCACUCAUCCGUUUAAGUAGCAAAAAGUUGGUAAGACGUAUGCAUGUACGUCCGACAACAAGCAUAACCCAAAAGACUACGCUGGCGGCCACUAGCAUCAGUGCAAUUGGAAAAUACAAACUUGUUCGAAGUAGAGGAGGACCCUGCAUCACCACUAAAAGCAAAGCCUUGACACCGUCAUUAAAAUUCAAGCGAAAAACUUUCGUAGCGCGCUAUGCGUUGCAACGUUCAACCUCCGAAUCCAAAAUUACACCGACGUCUUCUAAAUUGCGUUCAUUGCCAGUCAAUAAGAAGCUUCAAUUGUUGAACAUCAACGGAGUACUCUACAGGUCAACACGCAACAAAUUACAAAGAAAAGAUACUACUGUACCUCCAAUUAAACUAGCGUCGGCUGGAUUGUCUACGUUAAGCCUUAAGUCAAAUUCUAACGCUACCCAGAAAUCCAACAAAAAUUCUUAUGGCCGUGUGAUAUUUGUGCAUGGAACGAAAUUCGAAUUGGACAAGACUGGAUUUAAAUUAACACGUCUUACUCCAACAAGCAUACAGAGCGUGUCGGGGGGCCUCCAAAACUCAGAAGGAACGGCUUCAAGGCUGCGCCAGCGCAUAGAUAUUGGUGGCCUAACCUACGUCGCUUCCACAACGCAAAAUGUCUUCGUGCGUACUCGAAACCACUUAACCUUGGCACAUUUAAAUACAGCAAAAAAUCGUAGCCUGCAGCUUUUAACACGUCGCCUAGUUAAAAGCAAUAUACCGUGUGCCAUUUUCCAACGCAUUGGCAAAUGUAUUGCUCACGAACGAGGGAGGUGCAACAAAGUGCACGAUAAACGACAGGUUACCAUUUGCCCACGAUUUUUGCGCAGCGAAUGCCACAACUCCGAGUGUUUACUCUCGCACAAUGUUUCUCUGGCAAAAAUGCCUGUUUGUAAAUUCUUCCUUCAAGGUGUUUGUGUACGCACAGACUGCCCAUAUCUCCACAAAAAGCUCAGUGUGGACGCGCAUAUAUGUCCAGAUUUCUUGCGGGGUUAUUGCAAGCUGGCCGAUCAGUGCAACAAACGCCACGAAUUCGUGUGCCCAGAAUAUGAGCGCAGUGGAAAUUGCGAAAUGGCGAGUUGUGUGUAUUGCAAGAAUCGCAAACGGAAACGUCUGAAUGAGCAACCAAGCCAACACAACAAAGCAGGGGUGACAGCUCGAAUAAAGGAAAGCCCCGGUCCGGGCAGCCAUGAGAGUUCUGCAGUGCCGCUGCGAUACUUCACUGACAAAGACACAAAUAUAGCGCCGAGUGAAGCACGUGAAGUCCAUAAAGCUGAUGAAAAGAAAGACCCAGAUACUCAUUCAGAAAUCGAUGAUAUGCCUCCAGUGUCUUUUCGCCCUAAGGUGGGCGCUUUGCCUGCCUUUAUACCUCUUUCGUAAAGAAGCCUAAAUAUGUAUUAAAAAUUAUAUUCUUUUACGAUUAACAAACUUAACGAUUAUUAACUAAAAAAUAAAACAAUUUCACAAGGUUUUAGCCGAGACAAAAUAAAUUGUAA